UUCUGCGCCGGGGUCCACCGAGUGCUACGGGUGCGGCGCCGGCACCUGGACACCUCCCGGCCACCCCGGCGCCGUUUCCUGCUCGUUCCUGCGGGAGAGAUGAACGCUACGACCCUGCCCCGCGCCGCCGCUGGCUCGGUCGUGGAGUUCCACCCCGGGGCCGCGCACGCGGCGUGGCAGGCCGCCACCGCCCAGGCCACCAGCGCGGAGGCGCCUCUCGAGGUGGACGGCCGGUGGUACCACAUCGGCCUCCUCAGCCCGCUGCCCAACCCCGACGAGGAAGGGGGGGGGGACGACCUGGCCGACGUGGCCCACUUCUGGGAGGCGCCGCCUGUGGCCCCGUCGGAUUCGAGGCCCUGCCAGAGGACGCGGCGCUCGCGUGGAGCGUCGGGUCCAGGUUUGUCUCGGCGGCGCCGGUGGCGCCCACCGCCGACGGCGCGGGCGGCAUCCUGCUAUCGUACGAGGGGGGCGCGGCCUGUCCCGGGCACGCCGGCGGUGGCCCCAGGACGAGCCUGCUGCUCCGGUGCGACCCGCAGGCGUCGGGUCGGCGCGGCCGCCGCCCUGCCCUCCGGCGCCUUCGCGCUGCCCGGCCUGCUCCGCCGGGGCGCGGGGCCGCACGGCCCGUGCGAGGAGACCUCCUGCUCGAGUGGCCCACGCCCGCCGCGUGUCCGCUGUGCAGGGCCGAGGACUUCGGCGCGCGGCCGGGCGCCUGCGACGCCACGGGCGUGCGCCCCGUGGACUACGUGCGGAUCAGACCCUGCGCUAUGGGCAUGCCGAAGCCCGCCCCCGGCUACGAGGACUGCGAGGGCGAGGAGGCCGAGGUCCUGCGCGGCUACCUGUGGCGACUGGUCGGCGCCUGCGCGGCCCUCAUCGCGCUCGCGUGCGGCUGCGCCGGGUACCUGCACUGCAGGUACGCCAAGUACGUGCAGGACCUCUGA